AAUGUUGAAUUAUUAAAACUAAUAAAUUUGUCAGUGAUUGACUAAAAGCUAUAACACAACAGUAAACAUUAGUGAUGUAAGUAAAAAAGGAAGAAAAGUAUUUAAAUCAACUGAACUGAGCCCAGUGCAUCAGAAGUGGGCGGGGCUUAAAUUAUGACACUGCACUAUUGGCAGCCCAAGAACUCAGGGUUAGAGAGGAAGGGAGAGAGAGAGAGAGAGAGGGAGAGAGAGAGAGAGAGAGAGCAGACGUGUGGAGCAGCAGCAUGGAGGAGAUGCAACUCACUACACAGAGAACCACAGCCAUGUGAAGAUGAAGGUCUGCUGACGUCCAAUGAAGACACAGAAGCGAGUGAUAGGAAACUGCCACACUGAACCCCUCCCCUAAACACACACCGCAGGACAGUUCGGAUGGAAUACGUCGUGUUUCAGCCUUAAUCUCUAACAGGGACUGAAUAAAAUUCCACCCAAAACUUCCAUUCUUCUGAUCCUCAUCAAACCUGCUUCAGUGGAUCAAAGUGUGCAUGUUUGUCAGUGUAGAAAAAUAUGAUGGCUUCAGUAACACACAUUCGUGACUUUACGUGAGCCCUGACAAACUCUUACAGCAUAUUAACCCCUGAUACGCUAACAGCUAGCUGAGCCAAGAUCACAAACACAGGCUUUUUUUUGGACUGGAUUUGUUUUUGAUUCGUUUUUAUCCAGUUCUCUUUUAAAGCAUUUAUUAAUAACAGAAAUGACUGGAAAAUGACAACAUAAUGGUCGAUUUGUUCAAGUUCUUGAUUAAAAACCAUCAUUUUUUGGGUGAGUCUCAUCAUUAAAUCGUCAUGGACGUGGAUACGGAGUGGAAGGAGAGGAAGCACAGCAGCUUUUGCAUACUGAACUGGGAUCAGGUGAAGCGUUUGGACACCGUCCUCACCGAGCCAAUCCCCAUCCACGGCCGGUGGAGUUUCCCCACGCUGCAGAUGAAGCCAAGGGACAUCGUUAAAGCUGUGCGUCGCAGAAUGUUUGAGCAGAACAUCUACGUACGUGAGGUUCGGCUAAACGGCUCGGCCGCUAGCCACGUCCUGCACGAGGACAACGGCUUGGGGUAUAAAGACCUGGACCUGAUCUUCUGCACCAAGUUAAAGGAUGAGCUGGACUUCCAGACGGUCAAGGACAUAGUGCUGAAUGCUCUCCUGGACUUCCUGCCUGCAAUAGUGAACAAGACCAAAAUAACGCCACUCACGCUAAAGGAGGCGUAUGUUCAGAAGAUGGUAAAGGUGUGUAAUGACUCGGACCGCUGGAGUCUCAUCUCUCUGUCCAAUAACAGCGGGAAGAACGUGGAGCUGAAGUUUGUUGACUCUCUGCGGCGUCAGUUCGAGUUCAGCGUUGAUUCAUUCCAAAUACGCUUGGACUCGCUACUUCUGUUCUACGAGUGCUCUCUGGAGAACGUCAUGAACUCCUCGUUCCACCCCUCCGUCAUGGCCGAGAGCGUCUAUGGCGAUUUCUCUGAGGCUCUGGAUCACCUCCAACAGCGUCUCAUUGUCACACACAACCCUGAAGAGAUCCGUGGCGGCGGCCUGCUGAAAUACUGCCACCUGAUGCUGCGAGGCUUCCGUGCCCCGAAUCUCUGGGAGAAAGGCGACUACCGCGAGCUGCUUCAGCGCUACAUGUGUUCUCGCUUCUUCAUUGACUUCCCUGGGGCAUCUGAGCAGCAUUGGAAGCUUGAGUCCUACCUCCAGAGCCAUUUUGUUGGGCAGGAGGAGUGUAAAUUUGCGUACCUGAGCAUGCUGCACGGCGUGGUGCGAGAGAGCAGCGCGUGUCUGAUGAACCGCGAGAGAUGCCGAGUGCUCGAGAUCAUCGCUGCAAUGGCUGUAAGAGCGCUGGCUGAACACAGCCACGUCCCAAAUGUGGAAAACGUCACGUGUUAUUACCAGCCUGCUCCAUACAUCAAAGACAGGAACUUCAGCAACUACAGCGUGGCUCAGGUGCAAAACGUGUUCACCUGCAACACGGACCAAUCAGGACAAGUCUGGUUCUGUUUGUUCAUCUGAGACGUGCUGAUGUACAGUUUCCCUGCCAGACGAUCAGAGUGGAGCUAACGAUAGAUAGCACCACAGACCGACCAGAAUCAUGUGACGAACAAGAAACAGACCAAUCAGAGCUCUGGAUUCUUCUCCUCUGCUUUUAUUGCUCUUUAAAACAUGACGCAGAAUUUGAUUCUUCUGAAAGACACUGAAAACUGAUCAGUUAAGACAGAACAUUAUUUUAACAUUCUUAGAGAAACAACAUCAAGUCCAUUUGAGACAUCUUUUGUUUUGGGUUCCUAUACAUUAACCAAUCACGGUGCAGGGAUCUAACGAGGACGUCCCGGUCAAACGAUCUCCAUGCCUCUGGGUUGGUCUGCUGUCUCGAGGUAAUAAAUAUAGAGAUAAUAAAUACAGAGAAGAAUUCGAGUCCACACCUUUCUGGCUGUAAAACAAUGUUCAUAAAUUACUUUUUAUGCAAGAAAUAAAGGGGGAGA